GUCAAACUAAUGUUUAGGAGGAACGAGCAUGAGAGGUAAACUCAAAGGAUAAUUUGGAGGAAUAGAUCAGUGAAAUCUCCAUCGUGGCUCCUUUAUAACAGGAUUUUGAACAUGGACGAUGAAUGGGAAGAGGAGGAGCAGCUUGUUGUGGUGGAGCUCUCUGGUAUAAUAAACAAUGACUUUCUGUCCAAGUGUCGGGCUACAUGCAAGAUACUGGAUAUUGACAGCGACAAGCCCAUGAUGCAAGUAGGACAGUAUGUGUUUGCAGGGGAAUAUGAAGAUGCCUUGGGAACGUGUGUCCUAUUUGAGGAAGAACCACACAAAGGAAAAGCAGACAGUGGUCCAGAGCUCAAGUACAUGUGCCACACUGUGAAGAAACUUAUGAUGCAACGUAUGUUCCUCACUGACAAGAAAGAAAGUGAAACACAAGUCACAGGCGGAAGCUGUGAAGGCGAUGAACAGAGAGACUCAGCCGGUCCGUCAAGUCAAGGAAAAAAUACCAACCAACAGAGGGAGACAGAAGAUGAGAUAGAAAACACUGAUUUGGAAGAUUCAGCAGUUGGUUGAGGGGGCUCUCUGAACUUACAGAGACACUGCCACUUGUGAGACUAUGUGAGAAUCCAUCUCUGUAACUAUUCAAAGAAAGUUGUAUUUGUAUAGUUAAGCAAUGACUAACUAACUAGUUGUACUGUAUUGCACAAUGUGCUACUAUCCUUUCCUUAUUAAACCUCAAGAAUUGAAUUCUUCAUCCAAAAGGAAACAUGACUAAAAGACACCUAUACAGAAAACAUGCCUGCCACAAUUCAUAUUGUGGCUCAGUUUCUUUCAGAUCUACAUGGGGGAGGUCCUGGGAAACGCAGUUACAGAUUUGGCUCACUGAAAUCUUGCCAUCUUAUUUUUCGAGGGCUGAUCAUAGUGUACUGUUGUUGUUGUUGUUGUUUUGAUUUGAUUUGUUUUUUUGUUUGUUUUUAUUAAAAAAUAUGUCAAAUGAAAAGAGAAGACUCGUUUUAACAAUGAGAAACUCAGAUGCAACAUACUUUGUGUGUUUU